AUGACGGAUGGUCAUCUCUUCAACAACAUCACCCUCGUCGGCCGCGGCGGCACCAAUCCAGGGCAGAUAAAAAUAUAUUCUGGGGGAAUUAUAUGGGAGAGAAAGGGUAAAUCUAUUGAAGUCGACAAAGCUGACUUAUUGAGCGUGACAUGGACGAAGGUUCCAAAGAGUAAUCAACUUGGUGUUCAGAACAAAGAUGGUUCGUUCCACAAAUUCACUGGAUUUCGUGAUCAGGACGUUGUAAGUUUGACAAGUUUUUUCCAAAAGACAUUUGGAGUAACUGUAAAGGAGAAGCAACUUUCUAUUAGUGGGCGCAAUUGGGGAGAAAUUGAUUUAAAUGGUAAUAUGCUGGCUUUCAUGGUUGGUUCAAAGCAAGCUUUUGAGGUGCCUUUAGCAGAUGUCUCUCAAACAAACCUUCAAGGGAAAAAUGAUGUGAUCUUGGAGUUUCAUGUGGAUGACACAACUGGAGCCAAUGAGAAAGAUUCAUUGAUGGAGAUAAGUUUCCAUAUACCGAAUUCAAACACCCAGUUCGUUGGUGAUGAAAAUCGCCCCCCUGCUCAGGUUUUCCAUGAUAAAAUAGUUCCUGUGGUUGACGUUGUUGGUGAAAAUUCUGUUGUUACAUUUGAGAGUAUUGCAAUCCUCACACCAAGAGGACGAUAUAGUGUCGAGUUACACCUGUCAUUCUUGCGGCUUCAAGGACAGGCUAAUGAUUUCAAAAUCCAGUAUAGCAGUGUGGUUCGACUAUUUUUACUUCCAAAGUCUAAUCAGCCGCAUACCUUCGUCGUUAUUAGUCUUGACCCCCCUAUUCGGAAAGGACAAACUUUGUACCCUCAUAUUGUGAUGCAGUUUGAAACUGAUGAUGUGGUUCAAAGUGAAUUGGCAUUAAGUGAAGAUCUCUAUAACGCUAAGUAUAAAGACAAGUUGGAGCUGUCUUAUAAGGGGCUCAUCCAUGAAGUGUUCACCACAAUAUUACGUGGCUUGUCUGGGGCCAAAGUUACCAAGCCUGGAAAAUUUAGGAGUUGUCAAGAUGGUUAUGCUGUUAAAUCAUCUUUGAAAGCUGAAGAUGGAAUUCUGUAUCCCCUUGAGAAGAGCUUCUUCUUUCUACCUAAACCUCCCACUCUUAUUACUCAUGAAGAGAUUGACCAUGUGGAAUUUGAGCGACAUGCUGCUGGUGGUUCAAAUAUGCAUUAUUUUGACCUUCUUAUCAGACUAAAAUCUGAGCAAGAGCAUCUCUUCCGUAAUAUUCAGAGAAAUGAGUACCACAACUUGUAUGGUUUUAUCAGUUCAAAGGGCUUGAAAAUUAUGAAUUUAGGAGAUGCCCAACCAGCCGCAGGUGUGUCUAAGGCUUUUGAGAGCGAUGAUGAUGAUGCUGUUGAUCCACAUCUUGAGCGCAUCAGAAAUGAAGCUGGUGAAAAUGAAAGUGACGAGGAGGAUGAAGAUUUUGUUGCUGAAAAAGACGAUGAAGGGUCUCCUACGGAUGAUUCUGGGGCAGAUGAUUCUGAUGCUAGCCAAAGUGAUGAUGAGAAAGAGAAGCCUCCCAAAAAGGAGCCUAAGAAGGAUCUGCCUUCUAGCUCUAAAGCAUCUACUUCUAAGAGGAAAUCAAGAGAUGCCGAUGAAGAUGGAAAGAAGAGAAAACCAAAGAAGAAAAAAGAUCCAAAUGCACCCAAGAGGGCGUUGUCUGGGUUCAUGUUCUUUUCGCAAGUGGAAAGAGAGAAUCUAAAGAAAACUAAUCCUGGGAUUUCAUUUACGGAUGUGGCAAAAGUACUUGGAGAGAAAUGGAAAAAGAUGUCGGGGGAGGAGAAGGAGCCAUACGAGGCAAAAGCCCGUGUUGAUAAAAAACGCUAUCAGGAUGAAAUUAGUGGCUACAAAAAUGCACAAGCACAACCGGUGAAUAUUGAUUCAGGAAAUGAGUCUGAUAGUACCUGA